AUCGAUCACAAAACCAACCAAUAUUUGGGAAUCAAUACACCAAAUUAUCCAACCAUGUUUUCUACUAACAAUACUUAUUAUUCACUUCUGGCCACUAUUUUGUUAGUGCUAACAUUUGUUCUUUCAGAAGGGCAAUUGAGUGCAACCUUCUAUUCCACCACAUGUUCCAAUGUUUCAACCAUUGUGAGGAAUUCUGUGCAGCAGGCUUUGACAUCUGAUUCACGUAUUGCUGCAAGCCUCAUUCGUCUUCACUUUCAUGAUUGCUUUGUCGAUGGGUGUGAUGGGUCCAUUUUGCUGGAUGUUGGAGGUAACAUCACACAAAGUGAAAAAGAUGCACUUCCCAACGCCAAUUCCGUUCGGGGGUAUGAUGUGGUUGACAGCAUCAAGAGCUCCGUCGAAAGUUCAUGCCCUGGUGUUGUAUCUUGUGCUGAUAUUCUUGCACUUGCUGCAGAAUCUUCUGUGUCCCUGUCACAAGGUCCUUCAUGGACUGUGUUACUUGGAAGAAGAGAUAGUUUAACGGCAAACCAAGCUAGUGCCAAUACCUCUCUUCCAUCUCCAUUUGAAACCCUAGCCAACAUCACAUCCAAAUUCUCUGCUGUUGGCUUAGACACAAAUGAUCUUGUUGCAUUAUCUGGUGCACACAGCUUUGGUCGUUCCCAGUGUCAAUUUUUCUCCCAGAGAUUGUUCAACUUCAAUGGCACAGGAAACCCUGACCCAAACCUGAACUCAACCUAUUUGACGACUCUGCAACAAAAUUGUCCCCAGAAUGGGAAUGGUGCUACAUUGAACGACCUUGAUCCUUCAACCCCUGAUACUUUUGACAACAACUAUUUCACCAAUCUUCUGAUUCACAAAGGUCUUCUUCAAACAGACCAAGAACUCUUCUCUACUGAUGGUGCUUCCACAAUCUCCAUUGUUAAUAACUUUGCCAACAACCAAUCUGCUUUCUUUGAAGCCUUUGCUCAGUCCAUGAUCAACAUGGGCAACAUCAGCCCUUUGACUGGAACCCAAGGUCAGAUCAGAAUUGACUGCAAGAAAGUUAAUGGAAGUUAAACACACCAUUAACAACACUAUCUGCAACAACUUGUAUAUUCUGCAUUUCUGUGUAAUUGGUAUAGUGUUUAAUGUCUCAAUUUGUGUACACAAAAUGUGGUUUCUUCUUUCUGGGUGGGACUGCAAAAUGUUUGAUAAAUUAUUAAGUUGUACCAUUCUCUUGUUUCCUUGAGAUGUUAUUAAGUUUCAAAGUACGCCGGAAUAAAUAAAUAUUUCCUGUGUAUUUUGGUGUUUUUCUUGUAUUACACCAGUAAUGGUGUGUUUGCUUUGAUGGGCAUAAAUCCCAAAUCAUGUGAUUUUUGUUUGUGUUGUUUCACA